GCGUGAAAACCACUAGCACUGAAAGUCAGCCUUGUCUCGUCGUGUUCAACGAAUAUGCCCACUUAAAGCAGGCAGCCGCGACUGCCCGCUUAUCAGUGCGAGUCUCUGUCUUUCCGUGUGCACAAAUCAAGUAAACGAGCGGUUGUCCGUGAACCACCUUGUUUCUUCUUCCUCCAUCGACUUGUUCUCAAAGUACCGCUUCCUCGGCCCACUUUGUGUCAAUUGGCAUUAGGGAGGUGAAGAAAUAAGGCCUCUCUGAUUGUUUUGUGAGAAGCAGACAGAAAAAGACUAUUCCAAGAUGAACAAAGUGGAUUACAUGGAGGUCACUGUACCUAACUACUCGUAUGUCUUCAACUUUGAAGAAACCUUCCGCCAUAUGGAUACCAAGAUAUGGAUGACAAACAAUUGGACAAAUGGUUUCUACUACUGUGGCAUAUAUAUGAUUCUAAUUUUUGGAGGGCAGCAUUACAUGUCAAACAGACCAAAAUUUGAACUGAGAGGCAUACUUACGCUGUGGAACACAAUGCUUGCAACGUUCUCCAUUAUUGGAUUUACUAGAACAGCACCAGAAUUGAUCCAUGUGUUAAAGCAUUAUGGGUUUUACCAUAGUGUUUGUAUACCUAGCUUCAUUGAACAAGACUGUGUGUCUGGUUUCUGGACGUGGAUGUUUGUCCUAUCAAAACUUCCAGAGCUUGGGGACACAAUCUUCAUUGUGUUGCGAAAGCAGCCUUUGAUCUUUCUGCAUUGGUACCACCAUAUAACAGUUCUUCUUUACUCAUGGUUCUCAUACAAAGAGUACACAGCAUCAGCUAGAUGGUUUGUUGUAAUGAAUUAUUUUGUUCACUCUGUAAUGUACUCUUACUACGCUUUGAAAGCAAUGGGAUAUAAGCCACCGAAGGGAAUUCCUAUGCUAAUUACUACAUUGCAACUAGCACAAAUGGUUAUUGGCUGCAUCAUAAAUGUUACAGCUUAUCAGUACCUGGAAAGUGGCCUGGGUGACUGCCACAUUUCACGUACAUGUGCCACAUUUGGUCUUCUCAUGUACUUCAGCUACUUCGUUCUCUUUGCUAGAUUCUUCCGAAAGGCUUAUCUAAGUGGUAAACACCGUAACAAAGUAGGAAAGAAGCAUUAUGAGAAUGGAACAGCAGAAUAUGAGAAGCUCAAGGCUAAUUAAAGCACACCAACAUUUUUGGAAACUUUUUCUAGAGACACUUUCCAGAGGCAUUUCUUGAAAACACUUUCUGAAAAUGUUUCUUAACAGCAUUGUUUUUGAAAUGCUUUUCAAAAAGUGUCCUUUGGACAUGUUUUUGUAGAAGUCUUUGUUAACACGAAGUCAUAAAAGUUGUGGUAGGAUGGAAGUGGUGAUGCAUUAUUUGAAGUUAUAGCACACUGAAUUUCAUGGGAAUAUUAAAUGUUGCACACUGAAUUUAAUAAUAAAAUUCAUGAUAACUUAUUUAACGCAUUCUAUGUUAAAUAUGUUAUCAACGAAUAAGGAGCUUCUUAGAAGUACUUGAAAAUUUUAUUUUCCCCACUAGAGAAACAAUUUCUGAAGAAAUUUCUUGAUAAACAUUUUCCGUGACACUUCUUUGUGAAGUUAACGUUUUACAAACGCUUUGGUAGAACGAGGAUGGAGACAUAAUAGUUAAUGAUGUAGCACGUUGUAUAAAUGUAUUAUUUAAUAUCGAAUUAUUUAAUACUAAAAAGAUAUAUUGAACAUAGCACAGCUCAACAGCAAACACGAUAUAUUUUUAUUAACUUUAAGAAUAUGUUUGACAUAUUUAUUAUUAUGCAUAUGAGAAUGUAUAAAUACCGUUGAAACAUUGUAACGAAUAUAUAGUGAUUUGUGUGAAUGAAACACGAAUAAUAUACAGAAAUGUUUAUCGUGAUUGAUAUAUUAGAAAUUUAUUUUUUUAUACCGUUUAAUCGAAUUUAUAAUUUCGCAGUUUUAAAUGCGAUCAUUUUUUCUGAACCAACAUAAAAAAUUUACGGUAUAUUAUCAUUGGAAAAAGAGAAGAAAAGAGAAAGAAAAAUAAAAAAUUAUUCCCAAAUCUCGUUCUACCGGAAUAAAGAUUAGAAAAAAAAGUUGCUUAUGGAGAAACCAAUGAAAGAAUGGGAAAAUCACGAGUGAAACUUUAUUAGGCCUACCUCCAAUACGAGCUAAGAAAUAUUCUUCGUAGAAAAUAGUAAACAAAAUGAUAGAUAAUAAUUUGAGAGUACAAUUAUAAUCCUGAAUUGUUAAGCAUGAUUUAAGCAUUCACGACCAUUUGAAAGAAGAAGAAAAAACUAAAAAGAAAAAAAAUGAGAGGAUUUAUAUUUACUAUUUUCUAUCACGACUAUUUUGUGCUGCUAGGAAUAAUAAAAUGGGCUGCUUACUGAUGUCUUGUAACUUUCAAAGUGUAGUCAGCCUUGCAGAGACGUUUAUUCUGUUCUUUUCUAAAUUUUGUAUAACAUAGUUUUUGUUUCUUUCAAACAAAAUUUCUGUACAAAUGUGGUUAUACAUUUAUUCAUCUGUUUAAAUCAUCAAUAAUGGAAAUUUAGCAGUCAUGUAUAUUAUGUAUAGUAAGAAAUGCAUAAAGUGAAGCAAACAUAAAGGACCAUAUGUUAAACCUGGAAAACUGUCACUGUAAGAAGUGAUAGUUUUAAAACCAUAAGAUUUAUUGAAAAUAAGGUGAAUCGUUUAAGAAAAAAAAAAAGGAUGUAUUGAAAUUAUUUUUUUGUUUAGUAAUUUUAUAUCGUUAAAUAAACAUCUUUGUAGGGAUGGUCGCCCUUUGAAAUGUGAACUGGCCGAUUCUAGUCGCAUGGUCAGGAUAAGAGCAUUUUUUAGCGAAAGUGGAAAUGUUAUUAAAACAUGAUUCAAUAUUUAAAAUGAUUGUCCACGCCGCUGAUCAUCGACGCGCACUUUCAUAUCUAAAAUUAUUUAAAUACUUUCUUUUAAAAAUUUUACAUCACAUUCGACUGGACGCAUUUUUUUUUACUUUUUUUUUUUACAAAUUGCCGGUUUCCUUCCAACUCGCACAAAUAUUGCCAAUGCAGCUUUGAAAUCGUACAUUGAUUUAAGUACACGCUAAAACGUGUAACUUGCAUAUUUUUUAUAAAUUAUUUCGUUCGUUAUUUAAUUUAAGAACAGUCGAUAAAUAGUUUUAAAUGAUUAUACAGUUUUUAAUAAGUAUUUAAUUUGUACGAAGUAAUAGUAAUUAUUCCGACCUGCGCGCAUAUGUUUUCUCUUGUUUAUUCAAUCGAAAGACCACUGACAAUAUCGAAGAGAACAAAGUCAGUCCAGCGGAAGACAAUAUUUGAUUUUAACAGAAAAUAUUGCCAAAGGUAUCCCUAUGUUCAAUUCAGGUUUUGUGUAAUUUAACUUGCCUAUUUAUUUAACUGAAUAAUGUUGAUAUAAUAAUGGUGAAUAUUGGUUGGCUGGUGGUGCGUGGUUCAUUUGGUGAAUAAGAAGAAUUGAAUUGUUCAUAUGAAAUAUUUAUAUAAGUUAUAAAGAGGAAAGAGGAAAAUAUUAGGGUAACAGAAAAAACCGCGAGUUUAUAGGAAAUCCUUUCUAGCAAUGUGUCAGUAACUCGUAUCAUAAAAACAAGAAACAAAAACAGGGAAAGUACAAAAACACGUAAUGUAACACGAGCCGAAUAAAGUUAAAUAUAUAAUGUAAUUUGUAAAAAAAAAAAA